AGAACCCCUGCGUGAAUUAUAGUGUGGUAAAUGAAACGAAACCGUUGAAGGUUUAGGUUUUUCCUUUUUCACAAUUCUCAAAGCUUCUUCAAGCUUGAAACUGAUGAAAUUUUGAUCAUAUGCGUUCACGUUAUCGAUUUGCAACAUGAGCACAUUGCUAGACGUCGACAAGAUCGACAACAUCGUGGAGAUGGUAAACACAUUGGUGUCACUAAAAAUUCCGUCCAAAGGGCUGAAAACGUUGGACGAAAUGAAAGCAAAAGUGAAAGAGACACUCCAGUCGUUAGAGAAGAAGUCAAGUUGGACGGCAAACGAGGUGAGCACUCUACAAUAUCUUUUUUAAAAUAUAGACUACCGGCCAACUCAAUUCAUAAACGACAUUUUCAGUACAACGGCGUAAGUAUCUAGAUGUGACCUUUAUGUUACUAUAAAUGUUAAAGGCAGAUCAUAUCGUGAGAUUCAGUCGCGAGUUGUUUAACAGCUCUCCCGAUUCUAGUUUAGCCAUCCUUUGCGAUUUUACACCCUGGCUACCGAUUCAAUUAUGAAAACUCAGAAAUGAAUAGUACUAGAAGAAACCUUAUUCCCAUGAACAGAAAUGGUAGCAUGCAUUCACCCGCCAAAUUGAGAAUUGAGAAAUACGGCUCUUAGAUCAUGAAGGAUUGAUAGAUUUUGGUGAAAUCUGUUUCACUCCUGGCUUUUCCAUGUGCUCUGUGAUUGUAAUUCGGAAACAUUUUUACUCUUUGGGAAGAUGUUGGCGAUUGUAUCAGGUUUGCAUUUCUUUAUUUUCUUAGAAAUGCUUGCAUAAUAUCUGUAUAAUAAACGACCAUAGACUUAGCCCGGAGUGACCUGAUGCUCUUCUACGGUAAAAGGAAGCCACAGAUUUUUUUCUACUCUUCGUAAUUGUCAGCGAAGAGUUGGCCUCCUUUCCUGCUGUGGCUAAACAUCAAAAUUUGCUUUUGUUCGCAUGAUACAUGCAUAUUUACAUAAGUAGAUGGUUGCAUUGCAGCAGUUUCCGAGCUUAAACCAGCCCAAUAAAAUAUGAUCAGAAGCACAGUUCUGAUGUACAAAAGGGUAAGAUUGGGGUAAAUUGAAAAAUUUAUUAAAGAAUCAAUCCACGACCAUUUCAUUAAUUUUCUCCCGGUUUUUCUCAUAAUUUCCUCUUCUUUUCUCUUGUCUUUCCUUCUUCUUUAGUUCUCGCCACAUCUGAAUCCCAGAAACUCCAGAAUCCAUAAUCUUUGCAUUAAAUUUCACGGCCUUGUGCUUGCGAACACACAGUAUUUGACUGCGUGCGUGAAACAUGCGGCAUGUACUUAGGGAGUUUCCCGAUCUUCUCCUCACCUGAUGCAUUAUUUUACCUUCUAAUAAGGAAAUCUAAAACAAUGCUUAUUGAUUCUGUAGACUUUAGGAUGAUUUGGAAGUAAAGGAAGCCGUGAAAAUGGCCACAGCGUCGAGCCUGUUUUUGCUUGAAAUUGGAUCGCUUACCUUCCUUGGAAUCAAAAUUGUCGACCUUAUGUUUAGGACAAACUUUAUUGCCAAUAUUUAAGUCGCCUUUUCACGAAUUCGAUCGAUUUUGGUAACAAAAUUUAGCUUUUCAUUUGAGCAUUUUACCUAUCUCAACACAUUGACGCGCUCCAGUGCACCCGUCGUAAACAAUACGAUUAGGUAAUUCAAUCACCAGUGCGGUCGCGCGGCAGACCACACUGCUUGCCAACUGUCUAGAACGCAGAAAAAAUUUAAAUUCUUGACAACGUUCCAAUAAAAACACCAAAAAAAACGGAAGGAAAAUGAAAAAAAGCUAAUGAGCACUACAUUUUGAGGUUACAUUGUUUUGUAACUUAGGAAUUAUGACUCGCAAAAUGAAUUGAAAACGAUGUCUCUCCCAGACUUUAAAGCGUGACGCAUCAUAUGGUGAACACUUUCGUUGAUUUUAAGAAAGAUUUAGCACCUAUUUUCAAGAUUUUGUUUGCCACUUUUCUUAGAAAGAAACUAUUUUAAGCAUCUGUUAAGACUUAUGGUUAUAAACAAAACUUAAGUUUAAUUACUGUAAAGAGGUCAGAUGAACCAAUUAGGCCGAAAAGUUAUCUUUAAUUUACAAAGGCGAAUGUUGAUGCACAGCAUUUAUUUCAUUUUGUGCCAUUUAUCAGGCCUUUUCAGUGUUGACGGAGGCAAAGAAAGAAGACGAGAGAAAACGAUCAACCUUGCUAAAUUUCUACGAACGCACGGAUGUUUGCUUGCAAAAAAUGGAUGAAAAAGUUCACGCCCUUUUGGAACAGAACAUCAGGAACCUCAAGGAAAAAAUCGCUUCCCACAAACAAAAUCUGCUGAAAAAAGAAUACAUUGUUCUUGUUGCAGGUUUGUUUUAAAUGAACAAUUUGACCGCCACUGCUUUGAAAUUUUAGUUUCGCCAACUUUCUCACACAAUAGACUUAAACUCCCUAGAUCUCUUUAAUAAUUCUCCUUGCUGCCUGCCAUACAGUUCUUGUGAUGUUAGUUUGGAGAAUUUGGUAUUGGAUCAACUUAUAAUCCCCUACAUGAUAUUUUUCUUUGUUCUCAUCCUUCGUCUGCUUGAUACUGUAUUGAUAUUGUAAGAUGAAAUUCUGUCUUGGUCACUCAUGGAAGUUAAAGGGUUAAUUCAAGCCUGUAAAAGGAAAGAAGGCCUUCAUUUAGUUAUUAUACCAAUCCAACCUGAGCUAAUUAAUAGGCUAAUGAUCGAGCCAUGAAGUACGAUAUUAACUAUAUUUCUAAUAUGUAUAGUUUUUAUACGAUAUACAAACUAUAUUUCUGAGGGCAAAUUACUCAAUAUAUUUUAUCCUCCCUUAAUUAUGCUUUCGUUGAAUAUACUCCCUUAAGUUACAUUAACAGUGAGAACUUUAUCGCUAAUAUCUUCUAGUCAAACUUGACUGUCAUACGAUUACUUUUUGAAUUCUACAGAAAUCGUGAAUCUCACAUCAUUUAAAUUUUAUAACUUUUAUUGAUGGACUAAAGAUCACUCAUUCAUUUAUUCACCAUUUUUUAAUUAUCCAAUUUGCUACUUGGUUCUUGUAUGUCAUAAGGGCUUCACUGACCUGUCCAUUUAUCUCACAACUUUUCCCAAACAUCCCACUCUUAGUUACUCAGCCCCCCACACCUCCCCACCUAAAUUCAAACCACCCACAUUCAAACCGGGUUGAAGCUGAACUUGGCCAGCCUGGUUAAUAAAUAAACACAAUACACUUAUGAAGAAAUGAGUGGAUAAAGUAGGAAUCUGCUGGUUCAGACUAACUAAGAGCAUUUAUUGAUAGUCCCUCUAACGAAACUCUGUCUUUUGAGCGUGGCACAUAAUAUGGCCAACCUCGAACUCAGUGAUCUCCAGGUGAAACCUAUAUAAUGGCGGACAGCAGAAGGAAUAGUUUUGUAUGAAAACGAAUAAGAAGAAGAAGGGAAAUACUGAGAUGUUGGGGAUUUCUGGUGGAAAGGACCGGGGAAGCAGAUUCUCUUGUUCGACGUAACUUUAGUGGAAUCGACCCAUUCUUACCAAUGCUUUUUUCCUUCUUCCCUCCUUUUUUUACCUGUGUACACUAACCAGGUGAAACAAGUUCAGGAAAGAGCACCUUGUUAAAUCUUAUCCUGGGAGAGCAGCUUCUUCCUUACUCCGUUCUGAGUACCACAUCCACAAUCUGUGAACUAAGAUAUGGAGAUACACCAAAGCUGGUGGUGCAUUUUAAAGACAAAGGAUCAGGGGAUACCUCAAGGACUGUCCUCUUAGACAAGCCAACCGAAGCCUCCGAGCAGAGUUACCUCAAACAGAUUUCUCAAUUCGUCCACAAAAAGACGAACAGAGAUGAGGGUUCAGAUUACGAAAAGAUUGAGUUGUUUUGGCCUCACAAUCUGUUGAAGGUUAGACAUGAGCAAGCUCAGUAAUUAUUCGACGCAGUUGUUCGCUUAUUUUUCUUUGGGUUCUCAUUGUCUUGUGUGAUGUUUUCCUUUGCUCUGGUUGACUGUUGUGAUUAUUUUGGGUUUGGUCGGAUGACAAACAGUCGAAACGCACUCUAGAGAGCGAUCCCCAAGGACAAUGUUUUGCUUCAGUGACUGUGAAUAUAUGAAAAUCAUUUAUGUGAUCUGCGGAUUAAGAAAUGAAAAUUAAAUAAAAAUUAAAGCAAAUAUCGUUUUUAUAUUCAAUAUCUUGCUUGUUACAUCUCAUUUUUUAUGUGUCUUUUAGGAAAAUAUCGUAAUAGUCGACAGUCCAGGAAUUGGCGAAUCUCCAAUCAUGGAUGGCAUAGUAGAAAAGUACCUUCCUGAGGCUUUCGCAUUUAUUUACGUCAUCAACAGCGAGAACGCCGGAGGAAUACAGCCAGAUAGGGUAAUGCAUUCUCAUUGAAAAAAUGCGCUGCAAAAAUGCGCUGCAAAAAUUGUAUAAUUUUUUUAAACCUCUACUUUAAACAUGUAUAAGAGUAACUUAACUGUUCAAAACUUUUCGUCAAAUGUGCUAAAAGAAGGAACUUAACGAACACGAGUUGCUCCUGGAGAGCGAUAACGUAAGGCAUAACGUUACAAAAAAAAAAAGCAACUGCUGAACUAGCCGAAAAAAGUCGACAAAUAGCUAAUUCUGUCUCUUUGUCUUCAGGUAGGAAAACUUAUCGAACACGCCAGACAGGUAUCUCUUGACAAACAAAGGGAAUUUUCCUCAAAUUGUGCCCUAUUCAUUUCCAACGAGUGGGACCAUGUGCCAUCAGAAGAAACUGAUGACGUGAAGAACCAUAUCGUGGCAAAACUCACAGCGUGCUGGCCUUCUCUAGAUCCAGAAUCUCAGAUCAUUUAUAUGUCAGCAAAAGAAGCCAGUAAAGCUCAGAAGCUUGGGGUAGUCACGAAAGAGUUUGCUGAACUAAUGAAUGGUAUCAAGUCCAUGGUUUUGAAAAGUAUUAAAGCAAGACUUCAGAUUCAGUGGAGGUAAAUUGCCUUGAACCUUUAGCGACAAAAUGAUUAUUCAAGAAGUUACAUCUGUUAAAAAUGUCUUUUUAGUUCUGAUAACAUGAAAUAAAAGUAUCUUCAUUAUGAUUGGCUACAUGAAAUGUAUUUAUUAGGAAACAAAAAGCAGAAGCCGAAGGUAAUAAAGACACAAAAUGUUAACUCAGUGUGAAAUAAGCCAAGAAACUCUUCAGCCUGGCUUUGCAUGAGUAAAUGUAGUGACAAAGUAUAAAAGACAAUUGGAAAAAUGUCCUUUAUUCUCAGGUGGCUUGAAUAUCUUCUUGCACGUAUGGCCUUCCACACGAAAGCGUUCAUUCGUAAUUCGUCAGAAGAUCGUAAAAAUGUGAUAGAUAGAAUGACGUUUAUCACUGACCGCCUUCAAAGUAUUGAGAGGCAGCAAGAUACCAUAAGCAAAGACCUGCGGUUGCACCUCCAAAACAAGACAGACAACGCUGUUAUUGCAUUGUCCACAUACCUUAAGUCUCCAAUAGUUAAGCAGCAGUUUUCGUCGUGGAAAUUGCAUGAAGUUCCAAAGACUAGAGAAAUCUGGGAAAUGACUGAGAAUGACAUCGAAAAGGCGCUGGAGAAGCGACUUCGAGAAAAGAUAGAGGAAUGGGAAGAAAAGAACCAUGUCUUUUCCAAUGCUCGCACCUCUUUGAUUCAAUACUUUGAGGAGAAGUUCCGUUACGUCGAGGAUCAACUUCGAAUGCUGGAGGGAUCUGUCCUAGCUGAAGGUGCUGCCAGCUCAGCGAGUGGCCCGGUGGCAUCAGAUGACUUAAGUGUCGCCGGAAAAGUCGUGAUCGGGGUCACAAGUCCAAUUUGGUUUCCAGUUGGUCUGGUUGUCCUAGUAGUCAGUGUCCCUGUACUUGGCGCUAUAGCAGCUAAAGGGAAGUUUAAAAACUGGAAUAAAACAAGGCAAUACAACAAUGACAAGUGUGCUUUUAUGACGAAAGCUUCCCAAGAAUAUCUGAAUGAAGCAGCUGAAGAACAGCAUCUGAAGUCGUUUGUGAUGGAACAGCUUAGAGAAGCUCGGGUUUGUCUAAAACAGGUUUUAGAUCGGAUCCCCCAACUCAUAGAAGAGGACAAAAUGUUGUGUCGACAAUUGACAGAUGAGAACCGUUCUAAGAAAGAAGUCGAAGAUUUCUUUACACCGUUACUCGAGAAGAGUGUACAAAUAAGGGAUGAGAUGGCCCUAUUUAGCAUCAAAGAGGUUCACACCAUGGACAUCAGUUGCGAUGAUCUGGAGUGGCAAGACGAUGCACAUCUUGGAAGUGGAGCGUUCGCUGCCGUUUAUCGAGGAAAAUUGAAGAUACAACGUGAGGAUAAACCCGUAGAUGUUGCGGUAAAAGUGUGGAGCGACGAGCUCGACGGAGUUACUGCUAAUGGCUUCCUUUCUGAAACAGAGAUACUCAGGUUGGUUUUGUUAUUUUAUGAAUCUUGAAAUGUUGUAAUGUUUUAUGAAAAAAAAAACUCAUCAGUUAAAACCUUGGGAAAGCACUAAAUAUAUGUUCAAGGAGCUCAUCGUAGUAAGAAGAUUUAUUUUUUUAUUACAGAAUAUUUUUCUGACGCUUUCAGAACACCCAGAAUCUAGGUAUAUUUUAAGGCACAUCGGAAUAUUAAUUAGGAAAAACCUUUACGGGGAGGCAUCACCAUUCAUUUUCCCAACAAUUCAUUACUCUAAGAACUCUUAGGUUGGACUAGCGUCUAAUUGCUCGUUACGUCCUCGCGCUGAAUCAAGAAUUGAGGUCAUGAGAAUAAGGGAAAUGAUUGCCAACAGAUGAAGCCUUUGACUGAUAAUCAAAUCAAGAAAAUGUUUGGAUGACAGUAUAGAGAAUAAGCAUACUGUUUUAUGAGUGUAAGUUGUAUACGUUACGUUUUCUUUAUGUAGGAAACUGAAACAUCCCUUUAUUGUAAAGUACUAUGGUGCUGCACUGCGCCAGGAAGGGGAGCAGUGGAAAGCAAUACUGGUGAUGGAGCUCUGUAAGGAAAAUUUGAUGAGGCACAUUUUCCGGCAUGAAAGCAAUAUACCCGGUAGGUCAUCAACUGCUACAGCUGCGAAAGAUGUGAUCGGACGGGCAAAAGACAUCGCCGAUGCUUUGGAAUACAUUCACAGACAAAGCAUUGUUCACAGAGAUCUCAAGCUGGAAAAUAUAUUGGUGAGUUAAAAAUUGGGAGUACUGGUUAUCGUGACCAUUUGAAUUAUAAUCAUCUUCGUCCUUCGAAACUCAUCUCGCAUUUCAUCGUGUUCUAAUUCGUUCGCCUUCAGCCAGUUAUCCUGCUUUUUACGUGGAAUGCCUGUGGCAGACCACGCUAUAAAUUCGCUGUGUCAUUGUGGUCAGAUAUGAAAAUUAGCUGCGCGCUCGAGCUUCUCACUGCAAUUGGCUGGGGUUGCUACAUGGAUAUGCGACUGCACAUAAUAUCCUGUGUUAUUUUCAGCUUUUGAUCUAAUUCCUGUACUUUGAAGGGUUAACAUUAAAUUUAUUAUUCCCACGUAAAACCAGUUUGUGACUUUAGAUAACGACUAACGCAUCCCAAGUUAACACCUCCAAGCGUUUUCACUAUGUCUUGCCUUCUUCUAAGAGGUCUCGUGUGUUUCGGGUCCCAUUUCGAGAAACCUUCGGUAUCGUAAUCCCUCGGCUUCUACAGGACAUUUUUGUAAUUGAAUUCACGAGCGAUUACAAUGCAUCACGUUUUGUGGAAAACUAACAUGAACAAAAGAUUCCAGGUAGAGAAAUUGAAACUUUGUAUGAAGACUACUUAUCAUGUGUUUCAACGAUAUUUUGAAAAUAGCUGCAGAUUUGAAUUUUUAAUAACAGAGCCUGAUUCAUUUGUAUCCAGCCUUUCCUGACCACUAGCCUUUUUCUAAUAUGACAUAAUUUUUUUAACAGUCAAAAUUUUUGGACUUUGGUACUAAAAACAUAUCAAUUUCCAUGAAAUUUAUCUAAUAUUCCCACAGCUGUCGCAAGAAAAUAUUGCCAAAGUAGCAGAUGUCGGUGUUUCUAAAGAAGCCAAAGCGAUCACGGGUACCAUGACUGGAACUCCUAUGUAUCUCGCUCAUGAAGUGAUCAAGUCCCGUUUGUACGAUUUCAAAGUAGACAUCUACAGCUUCGGUAUAAUGCUCUGGGAGAUGUGGUAUGGUAACAGAGCCCUUCCUGAUGUGCAAGGAAAUUUGCAGGAGUUUUUCGCAAAAGUGGUCGAGGGUGCAAGACCUAGACAUGUGGAAGGCUCAAAGGAGCCUCCAGCUGGUUUGCAGGAUCUGAUGCAGCGUUGCUGGGACGAAAAUCCUAAAAAUAGACCAGAUGCGAGAGAGUGUCAUGAGAAGUUGACUCAGCUCUAUUAGAAAUUUGGCGCACCAUCUUCGUAAACACUGGUUAUUAGGCAACCACUUUGAACAUGUUUACUUUUCAAGUGUAGACUGUUUUGGAGCAACAGUGAUUUAAAGUGUUUUAAGAUAUCCCAUGUGACUAUUAUAGCAAAUAGAUAAGCGUCACCGGCGCUAAUUUUCACGUUUCAAACUUAGUUCAUACAUCAUAGAAACCUAUUCUGGUCUUAGUCGGAGCUGAUGCUAAAGACUUCUAUCGAGGGCGGUGUCAUUUUAGAUGAUUCCGAAAGACCUUAGCGCAUUUUCGUGGGUUUCUCCUUUGUUACUUUGUCCGUCAGAGGAUCUUCUUUUUUUACGGGUACAGGGUUGUCAGUUCAUUACCCUGCCUUAAACCUAAAAGUGGCUUCGUUAGGCAUGAAAAUUAAAGCAAGAGGUGUAUGAAACACAUAGAUACUUACGCAGUGAGUUGACGGAAUGUAGGAGCGGUGCAUGGUAGUUUUCUAAAUCUCUGCAGGAUGAUUGUUAUAAUAUGCAUACUAUCUUUAUGUCCUGGUGUUCUUUAGACCUUGAAAGCGAAAAAGAGACUUGAGAAAGUCUUAAUCAACAAAGAGAGAGAGAGAAAUGGGUGACCGUACUCUCAUGUUUAAAAGGCAUAGUCCAGUCAUAUUGUCAUAAUAUCGUUAACUGAUACAAACACACAAUAGUUUAGAUGGCGUGGAAGAUUUCUUUUAAUAAGGGUUGGUUAUCAUGUAUAUCAAUCUCCUGAAAACUGACUUUUAUUCUUUCGCUUUUGACAAAUAGUUUGCGUGUUACUAUUUUGAACGAAGAGGAACAAGAAUAUUCUAAAGGCGAAUGUUGUUUUGUUAGCUUGUCUGAAAGCUUUUUACCGGAUUUAGAGUUAGGCUCACCAUCUGGUGUAAGACAAUUGUGAUCGUUUACUCCUUAAAGAUUUCGUAUGAGCAUUCAGCGUUUGAGAGUAUUUACAUUAAAUAUGGUGCAGGAAGGUUAGAAAUCACCUAUCUACUCCUUAUUUAAUCACAGAGAUAGAGUUGUAAGCACAAAAAGGGUCAAAUGACAUGAGCAGAGGUUCCCUUGGAAGGACUUUCAAUUGUGAGCAGCAUACGUUUUCAUGGCGGAAAUGUGUGAUCAAACUUGGGAAGAGAAAACAAAGUUCCAUCAUUUCCCCUUAAGAAUUGGUAAACAAAGCAUUUUCGAACAUGGUUAGACUUAAUUGUUUCUAAAGAUCGCAAACUGUGAUGGUCAAAUAGAGAUUUUAUCCAGGUUUUUCUUCCAUCGAUCUUCUAACGCCUUCUACUUAUACUGACACGGCGGCAAAAUGAGUGGUAUGCCUCUAGCCCGCUUGAAAUUUAUGUGUGAAAAGGUAUAGGAACAAAAAUAUCUCCAUAGUAACACUACCAAGGCAGAAUUGCGGCAUUUUUUAAAUUCCCAUUGCUUGUUUUCAUUUCGCAGCGAUAAGCCCAAACCAAAACAGAUAAGGUUGCCGUUUUCGGGAAAGUUUCAGGGGAACCCGCUUCGUCACUGAUCUCACUCAACAAAAAAAGUGCUGUGGUAAUAUAUAUGAAUUUAGUUUAGAAGUUGAGCAGCCGUUAGAUGACUACGAAGCUCAUAGCACCUGUUAUCGCUUUGGCGCUUCUUGCCAUCGCCUUGUAAGCAUUAGGCAACCCCCCUCCCUCCGAGAAAACGUUUUUUGGUCUCGCGAAAAAAAUCACGUCAGCUUAUGUUUGCAGAAGAAGAAUCGUAGCCCUCAACGAUCAAAUGGCUGGAGUGGCAGAACAUGCGCUCUCAUUUUGCCAUUGUGCCCCCCUUCUUCAUUAAUGGUCAUUUCUAUAUUCCCCCCUAAAACUCUUUUAGACGCGACUGGUCUCUCCCCGUUGCCCCAAAAAAUCAUGUGCCUCCCCCCCCCUCCCCCGCUAAAAAAAAUCCCUCGACCCCUCUCCAUAGGUGAUAAACAAUGACUUUUCCUUUCAAAACUGAUUUCCUGAGAUAAAAAAGAUUUCUUCUGGCAUAGUUUGAUGCUACUCUGGUUUGCAGAUUUAGUGGAUGUAACCGAAGAAGUUACAAUUCAUAGACCCAAAGUUUCGACACUCCUGUCUAGAGCCUUCAUCAGGAGUGAUCUAAAUGUCGCAACAAGAGGUCCUUUUAUAUGAUCACUAAUUAGCGGCCUUUUUUUCUGACGAGGUGUAAAUAGGCGUCAAGAAGCAAACUGCCAUCGUCACGAUUUAAGGAGCGUGGGCGGAGUUAAUAUGCCAAGCCUUCAAACAAAGGCGCUGGUGGUAACGCCGAUUAGUGGUGAUAAUUUUAGAAUUAUCCCACCCAAUUGUAUGGUUAGUUAGGCAUGUAUGCUCUGAUAAAGCUGAAUUUUCCUUUUUGCAAAGGAAAACCGCUUUUUGGUGCUCUUUUAACCGUGUACCAAACUGACGUUUGUUCUGUCCGAUGUAUUCGUUGUCACAGUCAUUGCAAGGAAUAGAAUAAAUGGCGUCGGUUCGUUGUUCUUUCGUGACAGGAUCCUUGGCUUUGGCGAAAAUAUGCCCCAAAGUCUGAAAAGGUUUUUGAGCAAUUGGCUAUUCAAAAUUCUAUUGAUGGGUUCCGUAACACCCUGUAUGUAAGGAAUAACCACGCAAUUUACAUAUAACGGCACCUACUUUCAACAAGUUUUUGGUACAGCGACGGGUUCGCCCGUCUCUGCUGUCAUUGCUAACAUGGUAAUGGAAGACAUGGAACAAAGGGCCUUAGCCACUUCACCGGUUAAACCGUCCACCUGGUUACCAUGUGAACUUUAAUAUAUAAGAUUUCUUCUCUUUCAUCUGCAAAUAACCAUGGACAAACAGCAACGAAACUCGUCGUAACUUAGCUCAACAUUACGUUAGUAUAUAGAGACUAUACACAAUACAGUCCAUGUCUGGGAUAAGCAAUGGUUCAGGUACUUCAUCGUGAUGCUCAUGUAUUUGCUGUUCUCCCUCAAAUGAAUUUACAUCACUCAAUCCAGUUCAAUUCAGUUCGUAGGGUGAUGGAGCUCUCUUGCUUUAAGGUGAGAUGUAACUUUUCUCAAUAAUAUCCAUUCAUUAUCCAGCAAGCAGGUAAUGGGAAUACUCAAACUCAUGAUCAGGCGGGGAUUGUUAUCUUGAUCUAACACCAAAUUCGUGCAAUUAAUUCACAUGGAAGUGUGAAGCAGCCAACGGGGAGAAUUAACGAUCAGAUCUUGGGAGUUAAUGGGUUAAAACAAAUUUUAGCCCCGCUUGGCAAAACUGAGUUCUGGAUGAUCUUUAAGAAUCUUUUUCAGCUGAGUGACCUUUGCAAAAUGCGAAUGCAUAUGCACUUAUUUCAGACUAUAGCAUCUCUUGGAAGAAGUUCUUCCUUAUCAGCCGAAAUGUCGUUUUUACAGGCAACGGAGCACUUAUAUGAAAAUAAAAUAGCGUGAUAUGGUUAAGUAUUUUGCUUAGAAUUGUAUCCACAACGUGUCCACAUAAUUUGUGAAUCUUUUUUGAAAACUCAUGGCACAAUGGCAAUCUAUUUAGUAUCAUCGGAAUUCAGUGACAAUGACUGCAGUUAUCAUUGCAUACAAUGUAUUCAUUUCUCUAGUAUUGUAUCGGUCUAUUUAUCAAUGGAAGAUUUAAAUCAUUGACAUAAAUGUAUCUUAUAGCCUGUUCUCAGUAAAUUAAAAAAUCUAGUGGCUUUCGUUGAACGCAAUAUACCUUCAGAAACCAUUUUACUUAUUUGAACGAAAGAAAUACAUUUUACACGACAAAUACAUAUAUUGGAGAACUUUUCCCUCAGAAACGUAAAAAAAUUACAAAACAGUUGUACAACCAUUCUUAAUCGAAGUAUCAUCGUAAAUAACAAGAAUUCAUCUUUAAUCACGGUCAGUUCUGUACAUAACUGAUUGAUAUUUUUCUUUCUCAUCCCCAUCGUCAUCCUCCUUUUCACAACUAUUGCCAUAAUCGUCAAAAUAAUCUUUAUCAGAUUGUCUACCGACUUUGCUUAAUUUUUUAGAGAACCACACAACUCAGUGAUGUUUACGAGGUCUUCCUUUGCACGUGUAAAUCCCAAGUUAAAUAGUUUGCUACCGUCUGAAAUAACUCAAUAAAUUUUUUUAAGUUAGUGAAAUAGGAACCAGAUUUCGUCUCGAUUUUUUAUUUGUGCUGCAUCUUGAUUUAAACCCACCCAUUGAAAUCACUUCUAUAUUUGUUUGACGGCCUCUACUUACUGCAUCUUUAUUGUGCAACUCCGUAAGCCCCCUUCAGAAGCUAACGAGACUGAUGGUGUACAUUUUUAUAGGGUAGGUUUUUUAUGUAAUCUUGUCUAUUGUGAUUUUAGAUAGACUUCAAAGUUCUCCUUGCUAUUUUCUCGCUCAAAUGCAGUAUAAAUGUAAGCGCAGAGCUGGUGUUUGGGCUGUUUUUAUCGUAUGCCACUCUGGAAUAAGAUAAAAUUUGGACUACUUUGGACAAAAGGUGGCUUUUUCUGCAUAACUAAAUACACAAAUUUGAGCAGUGAAUAUAAUAGUGACGAUUCAUAUUCUCCCCUCUCCCACUUAAGAAGAAGGUAAAGAAGGCAAAAGGAGGCCAUCUCAAGGUAGUAAAAGAUUGUCAAUCAGAAAAUUGGAGUGACUUUAAAAAAUUACAAAUGCAGACAGAUGUAAUAGAGUGCAAAACGAUCAUAAUUCAGGACAAAUUAUGUAGCAUAGUGGUUUGUCAAGCAAUGCAAAUCAUAUGAGUAUUCUUGCUGAGUACUAGUCAAUGGUUUUAGGUGCCAUCAAACAGAUUCCAAGACAGGCUGACACACAUUGUAAAGUAAUGAAUGAAAUCAUAUGAACUUCAAGUGUGAAAAAAUGCUUAAAACUAAAAUUUUUUCCUGUUAAAACCGCACAUUUAGAAGAACAAGUCAUUGUUAACUCAGACUGAGGUAAAGAUUUGAUAUCAUUUUAUACUUAAAGUUUAUAGCCUGCAAAUGUAUACUUUACCAUUUAUUAAUUCAAUUCGACAACGAAUAUUUAAUAUAACCAUUAAAGUCACGACCUUUCUUCGGAAACCUUCCCAUGUUCAUCCGUGUGUCAUUUCCGUACAACUUACCAUGAUUUUUUCCAAAUCGAAACUCUGUGAACAAUACCCUGAAUGUGUAUGAACUCGAGAGCAUGGGCGAUGUCUCUCGCCCAUCGAAUUAAACUCCUCGCGGCACCAGGUAUCAAGGACAGACUAGGUAUAUCGUCUUGAUUCUGGAAAAUGAGUCCCAUCAAGUUUUCCUUGAAGAGUUCCAUCACCAGAGUUACUCUCAACCAAUCUUCUUCUCUAAUUAGUGCUGCACCAUAGAACUUAACGUUGAAUGGAUGAUUCAGCUUCCUAAAAAAGUCUAGAUCCAUGAAUUACCUUUAGCCUAGUGUCUGUGAAACAAUAUGACUCUUUGUUUCAUUAGUUAAUUGUUGUCAUGCUAUGAUUUCCUUUAAUUGUUAUUUUUUUACAUUGUUUCAUUGUUUCAAUUCUUCUUUCAAAACACGUAAACUAUCGACAAAAGUAAAGUCUUUGGUCCAAAAAAUUACUUUUCUGGUGAAUGUUUCAAUAAAAGAGCAAACAAAACAAACAUAAAAAGUAGAAAGGCAUAUACCAUAAAAAGUAGUGGAUUACAUUUUAAACCCACUUUGGUUGUCCAUAGAACCUCCAUAAGUUACAAAUCACUCGAUUCAACGGCUCGCGGAAUUGAAAGGUUUUCUCGUUUUCUCCCAACGUCCCAGUUGUACUUAUCACGUUACAAAACGAGAGAAAAUGUCGUUUCUCGUUUAAUCAUAAAUUUAAGUCAGCUUCCUGACUCACAAACUUUGGGAACAUAAAGAAUUGUUGUGGACGAAAAAUUUGUACUCUUGAUUACCAACCUGCAAUGAGAACCACGUAUUCUUUUCUCUCCAGACUCUGUUUGUGAGAAGAAAUUUGUCGUCAAGGUGUCCAAUGUUUUGCUCUAAGAGGGUACGAAGUUUGUCGUUCAUCAUGGUGUAUAAACAAGUCUCCGUAUUCUUAAAGAAUUUUUCCAAGGUUACUCGUUUUCGUUUGGCCUCUUCCUUGGCCUCUUUCAACACCACGAACGCCUUAUACAUGGAAAUCAGUAGGCAAUUAAUGACUGGCCCCGAGGGAAAUAGCGAGUUUUGGGGUAACAAAACUCAUUAUUUUCCGUUGGGCCUGUCAUAAAGGGUUUUAUGAUACCUCUCAACUCUGAUCUAAAACAGACCGAUAACCGCGAAAAAAAAGAAGAGAAAUAGUGAAUAAUACACGGGUGCGCGUAGAUAUAUAGAAUUUCUCUUCGAAUGUCCUGCUCGAUAGCUCACGAGUGAGCGCAGCCAACGAGUGAGAUGUCGAUCGAGUUGAACACAAGAAGCGAAAUUCCAUAUCUAGAAGCAAACAUGUAUUAUUUCGUUUAUCAUAUAAACACAAUAGCCCUUAACUGACGAGAGAAGUCGACUUUUUCAACGAAUGAAAAUAAAAGGAUCGAUGAUCCCCGAACAAAACUCGUAAAGUGCGUUGGCGAUAAAGCUCAAUAUGAAAAAAAAAGCGCUGAAUCACUACAAAACAACAGUGGGCGUAAUUUUCAAUAUUCAAAAUUGUCAGUUAUUAACUUUUUCGUUGCUUAUAGAAAUCUUUCAGCUACAUAGUUAAAGUCGGCCCAUGGCAAAUCUUCUAUUUGUCGAUUUUCGUUCUCAGCCGCGAGAAAAGUCAUUACGAAAGCCACUGAAUACGUAACUUUUUCACUAUUUUGGUUUUCUUUCCCUUCUAGGAAAGUUUGAAUGUCACUGUCUGUAAGUUAAACGGAUUUUUCUUUUUGAAUCGAGCGGCAGCUUCAUUUCAUCAACAGCUCAGUUCAUUAGAAAUUGUGUUUAAAGCAACCUUUCAUCCCAUGGGCAACAACUUUACAUAGUCGAUCGAUACCAGCUAGUGCGUGUCUGCCCCGUGAUUUUAAUGCUUUGUAGAAACAUUUGUCACGUAACAAGAAGACUAAAUCUGGUGUUGAUGUUUGCAAUAAUUUUGUCUAAGGUUUAUUACUUGAUUCGUGACACGUAGAUGGCAGUUACCCUCGCAUUGCUUAUUGUCCUUACCUCUCUUAUAUUCCAACUGGAUUUUUUCGGCAAUAUAUUUUGAUUUUCUGUUUCAAUACCCUUUUCACAUUGUCCAAUGUUUUUAAGCCUUCAUGCGAAACUCCUAAACACGCUAUUGUUUGAACCAUUACUGCGAUGUCGUAGAUCUCGUCCACAGCUGUUGCUGACAGAUUCAUCUUGAAAAGAAAUAACACAGUUUUGAGAGCUGAGGAAAAGUAAUAUUCGCGAUAGGAAUCACUAAUUGGAAAUCAGUUAAUCUAUCUAUAUCAGUACUGCGGCCUGAUUUGUUAGAAAAGGAUUUGUUUCUCAUCAGAGAACAGUCUAGAAGGUUCAACGAUAACAACCGCUUUCACUCAACCGAAACAAUGUAAGUCCAAGGUAAAGCUGCAGUGGUGUAAAUAUAAACCCCGUAUGUGAUUAACAGCUCAACAGAACGUUACCUAAGAGGUGUAUAGUUACUUUCUUCUCUCUCUUCUUGAAGCUGGUCAUUGUUCGAGACAUCUUAGAGAGCGUACACAGCAUGAGUGCGUCGAUAGACAUUGAUGAAAUCGACGAUAUUGAGCUCAUGUCCGAGUUAAUGAAGUCUCGAGGUUUAUCGUCAAGAGGGCUGCAGACGUUAGACCAGAUGAAACAGAGGGCCAAAAGGGCACUCAUAAUAUCAGAGAAGGUAAGAAUGAAACAUCUAUGGCUGCGUGUUGAUUCAAACUCAGGCUGCGCUGACAUUGCCAUACUGUCACUAAAUUAUCAAGAACUGAUAGCCUUAAAUACCGGGCCUAUGGCAAUGAGAAAUGGUGAAGUUAUCGUCCGAAAUUAUCGACAAGCUGUCUUGUGGCCGGCAUUCUAUAUGUCUAGGUUAAAAAUUGGUUUAUUCACAGACACUGUACGUAACAGCGAACCAAAGGGAAACCAAUGAACACCAAUAACUUUAUUGGUUGUGAACUGAUUGUCAAACCAAACAUUUACUCCAGAUUUAAAGCUUCUUAAUUACACUGCUAGAGCUCCCUGUUCCACAUUUAUCUUUUCGUUAUUUCAUGCGUAUAUCAAAAAACGAAAUCACCUAGGAGGGUGAAACCUGAUAAUCAGACUAGCACGGUUCAAUGGACAUAACCUAAAUUGUAUUCAGAGCUCGUGUCGAAGAAAGCGAAAAUGUUUAGUAUGUUAAGCUUGCAUUUCGUUUGUCAUCCUUCGUCAAAUUUGUAAAGAAGAACUUCUUCAACGAGUUUCAGUCGGACCUGGGCUCAUACUCCAAUUUAGAGCUAUGAUGAUAGGCUGUUGACAAAUUUAUCACGACUCUCAUCCGCGCUAGUUAUCGCUGUAUAUUGGAAAUUACAGCCCUACUCUUUCAAAUAAAUUCCUCUGAUAGUUUCCGCUUCUUUGAUGGGAAGAAUUUCAAUGUUUCGCUGGGUGGAGGUUGAUAUUCUAUUAAAAACCAAUGGCCCAUCGAUAUUUUCUAACAUUCAAGUACUGAUGGGUGAUCUUGCUUGAUAAAGAUGACAGUUUCCUUUGUGUUGUCCUUUUCUGUUGUAAAGCAGAAUCUACCUUUGUUUUAAAAUUUCAGUUCUGAGUGCAUUUUUAUGCAUAUGUUUACGUCGUAAAUUGUAGUUCAACUUGAAUAAUUAAUUCCACGUCGAAGUCGAACUCAAAUCUAAACUCGAGUAUGUCAAUAAAGUCAAAAUUUUAUUAAGGUCAUUAAGCCGUACCGUAUUAAGUGGUCACCCUGUAUUAAGCGGUUGUAAAUUCCCCUUAAACGCUGUAACGUUAGAAUUAUCUCUCUUCUUUGGACUUUUAAUAAAAAUAUUUCGCACGAACAUCUCGCAAGUCAUUUUCUGGUCAGCCUGUAUUCAACGGUUACCCCGCCAUUCUCCAUGGGCGACUGCUAAAUACAGGUCCGACUAUAGAAUGAAAUGUGCACACAAGGAAGAGUACCCGAGCCUACGCUAGCUUGAUCAGUCAACACGCCGAAAUGGGCUGAUUCCAAAGAAACCACCUCAUUGAAGUAAAUCCUGUCUAGUAUUGAGUGACCGACAUAGAUAAAUAGUAUAGCAAGUCUGGUAAGUUAUAUUGUCGUGUCGAUAUUUUUUUGCAAAGCGAUGUAAUCUAUCCAUGCUCCACUUAUCAGGCCUUUUCAACGUUGACAGAGGCCAGGGAAGACGUCGAGAGAAGACAAACGCUCUUGCUAGAAUCGUGCGUGUGCACGGAGGCAUGUCUUAAUAGGAUGAGUGACGAGGACUACGCUCUUCUGGAGCUGGGAGUCAAAAAUCUCAAGAACCAACUGGCCUACCACAAACAGAGAUUAGAGAGAGUGGAAUACGUAGUGCUAGUUUCAGGUUGGUUGCUGAAAAAAAUUCAGAAAGCUCAUAAUUACGUAGAGGUUGAAGCACGUGCGUGCGUCGUAACUUGAGUUUCCUGCCAGCUGCCCCAUUCGCUCUCAGGCAGAUUGUCCGCCACAGGACUACGCCAUUAACUUGCAAAGGAGUAGCAAGAGACGGAACGCAAGCUACUUGACGGCCACAACAGGUGUUGCACAGUUUCAUGUUAGUGUCUGCCAGACUUCACUUUUAAUUGCAAUAUAUUCUCCGUUUUAACUAUCCCUUCGUAUCCGUCAUGGCCAAUAUUUUGAAGUUAAUCGCGUUUAAUCUGUGGAAUGAAUUUCCUCGGCUCAUUACGAAGUGUGACUCAUCGUGCAGUAAGUCGUGUGAAACUUAAUUUUUAUAUACACAUAAGAAACAGGGGCCGUGCACUAGCGCAUGUUGACAGACGUCACGCAGCUUUUUCCAUACUCGUCUCCUCAUUCGUUGUAAGAGGUUUGCUCAACCCACCUGGCCAAGAGAGCAACUUUCAGACUGAUUCCACUAGGAAGUCAAAUCCUUCGCAUGUGGUCAUACCUUGUCAUGAGUUUUUGAGAAAUUUGCUUUUCCCGAGUGAUAAACGAUUUAUGUCGUAGGGCUACGACGCCGACGCUAUAAACUCGACAGACAGAAACGCUGCAUAUUAUUGUUGUUGUUUUGGUUGUUCUUGUUUUCUUGUUUCAAUUGAAUUAACUCAUCUUGGUCCCAAAACAUCUUCUCUUUCAGAAAUGUGUGUACUGUGAUUUCUUAAACUAAUAAAAACUCACGACGAACAUUUUUCAUCAUAUGUAUCAUCCCUUUUAUGUGCGGGAGAUAAGUCAAAGUGGCUGCCAUGUUUCCAGACUUUUCGCCAUAGUAAAGUAAUUUUUUUUACUAUUUUGUCAUAAUAACGCUUCUAUUGUCUUUAGACGAACAGGGCUCGAGGCAGUUUCCCUUUAACGUCUAGAUUCUUGUCAUUCAUGGUCGUAAAAACGACGUAUAUCUUUGAUAAGAACCUGUUUUGCAUGUUAAUGAGAAAUUGACACGUUAAACUUUACCAAGACUCAUCAUAGACAAUGAUCUGGAAAUUUAAAAACAACGAAUUGCAUUUUUUCUAACCCAGCGCUUUUCUCGACAGGUGAAAGAGAUUCGAAAAAAAGCACGUUGCUGAGUCUGAUUCUUGGGGAACAACUUCUCCCUGACUCCUUUCUUACCACUUCUUCCAUUAUCUGCGAACUAAGAUAUAGAAAAACCCCUGGGCUAGUAGUACACUAUAAAGACGUAGAUCCUAAACCAGGCCUUUUCUCAAAGACUAUCCAACUUAGCGAGAUGGCUGUGAACUCUCAGCAAAUCCGGCAUCCACCAUUAGCCACCUCCAUUUGGGUGAUGAUAGUUAAUUAGUUUUACUUAUUUAUCAGUAAACUGUAUUUAGGACGUACCACUAGCAUUGAAAAUGACACUCGCGGUUUUUAUUGUGUCUUGUAUGGACUUAAGAACUCUUACCUCCAUUGGACAAACAGUCUUCCUUCGACGCAAGACCAUGGACUUUAUUCCAUUCAUCAGUGCAGCGAACUCUUUUGUGAUUAUCCAAGACUUUGGGCUCUUCUGGUAGUGGUGGAGGACAUGUAAAUGAUCUGAGAUUCAGGGUCUACGUUAGGCCAGCAGUGUUCAAGUUUUCUGACGAUGUGAUACUUGUUUCAUAAUUGUCCUCAUCAGCUUCUUCUGAUGGCACUUGGUCCCACUUGAUCGGCAAAUUAACAGAGCACAAGUUGAUUAGGUUUCUCCAUAAUGGUCAAGAGACACUUGCCUAGCGUGCUCGAUUAGCUUUCCCACCUAGGAGAAAAAGUAAAAUAGAAGAAUUUCUUGCGAAAAAAGGAAAAAAACGCCCUUGUAGGUCGUCUCUGCGUGAGUGUCUUAGGCAAAAAAAUCUUCAAUGGAGCAUUGUCAAAAGAAUAAUGGAAAUUUAUCAAAAAUUAUCAUCAUGAUGGAUCGGUUAUUAUUUGAAAUUCUCUAUUCGUCACUGUGUGGUCUUUUAAAUGUAGUUAUGAUCUCUCUCUCUCCCCCCCUCUCGUUAAUCUUUAAAUCGUCCUUCAAAAAUAUUAAUAUCAAUAAAUAUUAAUCGUACAAGGUGCUACAUUCAGCAUGCGCGGCCAACUCUACCAGGGGCACGUCAAUGUUAUAGCCUUACUCUUGUCCAGCGGAAGUUUGAGCACAACACGUGCGCAACACUUGUACGAAAUAGGAGUAACCCAUCAAGCCGAAAAAAAUAGGACUUGAGACCGUACGACCAACCGUACAAGGUGCUACUUUUAGCAUGCGCGGCCAACUGCAUUGCUGGCACUAUCUUAGCCAUUACGUAUUGGAAGGGCUGGGGAGGAAGGCAAUGCGCAUGCGCAAUUGCGUUCGUAAUUUGGAUACCCCAUCAGUGUGCGGAUAGAAAGAGACAGUACGACCAAAGAAGGCAAGAAGUAAAAGGUGUAAAGCGAAUCGCGAAAAACGCACAAGAAAGCUUGAAAGGACGCCAAAAGGACGUCAAAAUAAAGGAACGCGAAAGAGAACUAGAAAACGCAUAAGUGAAAAGGCAAAUAUCAAGCGAAGAGCAACGAGAGAAGGAAAUGCAAAGACGUUCCAGAAAAAAGACUGAAAAGAGGUCAUCAACAAAGAGAAGCGAACCGCAAAGGAUCCGCGAAAGAAGAGGAGGUAAGUCGUGUCUCAUCUGGGUUUUCUCUUACGCUAAGGCCUGGAAAAAUUCAAACCUUGACUUUACCAAUCGUCGUUUGAUACUAGCUUCAGUUCAAAAAAUAUAUGGUUGUAGCUAAGCCUAAAAGCGGAGCUCUCGUUAGUUUAUUUUCCAUCCCUUUGUUAUAUAGAAUAAAAACUGUAAUAAGACUCUUCAGCACUGGCUAUAGAAGAGUUUCUUCUAGGAGACUUAGGAGAGUCUGGAGGGUAGGGAGGGGGGAGGGGAAGAAUUGACGGGGUCUGGAACCUGGGGGGAUGUUCUUACAACUUCCAAGACGAUCAAAACGCAUGCUAAUCAGUGGUAUCUUCAGACAGCUUGUGACCUUCGUCGUUGUUCCUGAUGUUUUGAGCAAAUUUUCGAAGAUGGGGAAUGUUAUCUUCUUCAAAUCAAGUGUAUGAUGUCGGCAUCAGUUGAAUUUAUAUUCUACUGAGCGCGACUUAUAAUUUCGGUAUGGGCUAAUGAGCCAAAAUUGAAAGAAACGACGGUAAACUACUUUGCGUUAAGACAUCACUGGUCGAUUGAAGAGUAUACACGUGAGCAUAGUGAAUCAGUAAAACGAUACGCCAGAAUCGCAUGGGCUUCUCUUAUAUCUUCUCUUAAAGUUGCCAGGUAUGACUGCUUGCCCCACCGUUUUUCCCUGACGUUUCAACUUCCUCUGUUUGGGUAGAAAAUGAAAAAGAAAGGUAAUUUUCAACUCGUGUUUGAACCUGUACUUUUUUAAAACUUUUUUGUUUUGGCUCUUUCUAUUUCAUAAUUGUCCUCUAGCUGGAAAUACACGAUGUCUGAGAUUUUUUCUGUUAUUUAAUUCGGUAACCUCUGCUGUAAUUGCAUAUAAUGUGGACGUCUUCAAGAAAACUUAAGAAAAUACCUGGAUUUCAUUUUCACAUUACAAAAAUCAAUUCCAAACACCAAUUAAGUUUUCUCUUUAAUUUAAAAGCUGAGUUAAUGUUGUUAUUGGCUAUUUUAAAUAGGUUGAAAAGUUUUAGAUGGUAUUUUCUCAUGUUUGCAAAUAACUGAAUUUACUGGGAAGUGGAUUUGUUGCAACAUGUUAACAUGAAUCGCAACAAUAAAUUUUAUUGAUAUGUACAAAGUUUUCAUUUGACUAUCUACUGGCAAGUCUUUGUAUUAUAUUUCAACCCAACCAUUUUCCACAACUUAUAAACACUGUUACAAAAUAAUUAGUCAAGGAAACGGAAAACUUUUGGCAUAUCCAUACACCAUGUUUAAACUGCCAUGUCCAUAAUACGUUGACAGGAUUGAGUUGGCUGUAUGUGGGAAUAGGCUCUCUUGUUUAUAUCAUUAAUUUGCUAAUCGCUCCUGUUGCCAAUGUUUUGAUGAGGUUGGGCUCUCAGGGCAAGGAACUGAGGAUUUUUGGAGGCAGUGACUUUCUUCAAACCUGAAAACUAUAUGGAUGUGGAUAUCGGCUUAGUGUACGAACUCAGAGGGCGAGAAGCCAACACUAGCCAAAGGCAAGAGGAGGUGUCUUUGCCUUUCUUCUCUCCAAAUUCUUCGAGCGGCAGAGAACUCUGGAUAGAUCUCAGGUUGGCUUGCUUACCUUCACAACCAAAUUACAAAUCGCAUUCGGCUUCACAAGCAUGAAACUCUUUUGACGGUCCACGUGGUGUAGGGUUCCAACAAGAGAACAUAGACUGUUUAUAUUCUGCUGGUUCUAAUCAGUAAAAGAAAUGACACUACAAAUGAAUAAAGUAUACAAAAAACAAGUCAGCAACGAUAAAGAGAGAAGAUAUCCAAAGUCUGAGUCCUAUCAGAGUUUGGGCUUGAAAUAUCGAUUUGCCAAACCUCCUUUUUGAGGACUUGCGAUUUCUGGAAUAUAUUGCUCCUCUUCGACAAACGUUAUAAAAAGACAAGCAUUGAUUGCAAUCAACAAAACGCCAUUUCCCGUAACUUUCUCUAUGUACCUAGACCUAUCGUUGAUUAACUCUUCUCGAAAUUUACUUAUUGCUUGAUUAGUCAUGUUUCGAAUGCCAGACAAGCUCAGACAAUGACGUCAGUGGCAAGGAUCCGUAACAAUGCACCAUUGUAAUCAGACCCCUUGUGUGAAUUGGACUAUCAUAAAUCAAACGAAACUGUAAAGAUCUAGGUUUUUCCUUUUUCGCAAUUCUCAAAGCUUUUUUAGCCUUGAAACUGAUGAAAUUUUGAUAAUAAGCGCUCAAGUUAUCGAUUUGCAACAUGAGUGCAUUACCAGACAUCGACAAGAUCGACGACAUCUCGGAGAUGGUAACCACAAUGGCUUCACUCAAAAUUUCGACCAAGGGGCUGAAAUCGUUGGACGAAAUGAAAGCAAAGGUAAAAGAGACACUCCAGUCGUCAGAGAGGAAGUCAAGUUGGACGGCAAAGGAGGUGAGAACUCUACAAUAUCUUUUUAAAUAUGGACUACCAGCAAACUCAAUUCAUAAACAACAUUUUCAGUACAAUGGCGGAAGUAUCUGGGUGUGACUUUUAAUAAAUGGUAAAGGCUGAUCAUAUCGUGAGAUUCAGUCGCGAGUUGUUUAACAAAUCUCCCGAUUCUAGUUUAGCUAUCGUUUGCGAUUUUACACCAUGGCGAUCUAUUCAAUGAUGGCAUCUCAGAAAUGAAUAGUACUAGAAGAAACCUUAUUCCCAUGAACAGAAAUAGUAGCAUGCAUUCACCCGCCAAAUGUUUCUCUAAGUUCAAACUUAACAGUACGUAGAGCAAUCUAAAAGGCGGCUAAUUACUUAUUGAUACUUCCAUAAACGAUUCUUACAACUGGGUGUCAGCAAAAUGAUUCAAAAUAAGAAAUUGCAAAGUUUUGCUUCCACAGUGAGAGGUUAUCAUGCAUACUAAUAUUCUUAAUUUAGCAAGCGUGGUUGAGCAACGAUCGGGUCUCGAGGGUUCAAAUUGAGAAAUACGGCUCUUAGAUCAUCGAGGAUUGAUAAAUUUUGGAGAAAUCUGCUUCACUCCUGGCUUUUCCUUGUGCUCUGUGGUUGUAGUUCGGAAACAUUUUUACUACUUGGGAAGAUACUGGCGAUUGUAUCAGGUUUACAUUUCUUUAUUUUCUUAGAAAUACUUGCAUAAUUUCUGUAAAAUAAACGACCAUGGACUUAGCCCGGAGUGACCUGAUGCUCUUCUACGGUAAAAGGAAGCCACAAAUUUUUUUUCUACUCUUCGUAAUUGUCAGCGAAGAGUUGGCAACCUUUCCUGCCAUGGCUAAACAUCAAAAUUUGCUUUUGUUCGCAUGAUACAUGCAUAUUUGUGACCGUGAAAGGCAAAACGGACACAAACGGUUAUCCUUUCGAACGCCUAAAAAAUCCGCUCAAAGCGUUCGACAAACCGUUCGAACGGUUUGCAUAUCCGUUCGAAAUACAUUAGCAUCCGUUCGAAGUAUUGCGACAUCCGUUCGCCAACUAAAAGUGUCCGUUCGGAGAACUGCGACAUCCGUUCGAACGGAUUGACGCCCGUUCUGUUCAUCCGUUCGAAAGGAGAAAAUUGCACUCGUUGUUUCUCUACAGUUAUUCAGAGUAGCAGGCGAAACGUCGCGAUCCACGUCCAUGUGACUAAAUCGUGAGACAAACGAUUAACACAGCUGUCAUUUUAAACUACGAUGACAAACACCUUUCAUGAGAUAUUCAGUAGUUUCAGACAAUAACUAAAAACGUUAUUUCGAUGAGAAAUUGCAAUCGUGAGAAUGAAAUUGACAACAACGUCAAAUCAAAUGAAAACAAUACAUAGCAACCUUGCCCGUUCCAAAAGCUUGUCAUUUGUGCAUUUUGCCUAUGUCAACACAUUGGUUCGCUCCGCUUCACUCGUCGUAAACAAUACGAUUAGGUAAUUCAAUCACCAGUGUGAUCACUUGGCAGAUCACAACGCUUGCCAACUGUUUAGAACGCAGAAUCAAUUUAAAAUCUUGACAAUGUUCCAAUAAAAACACCGAAAAAACGGAAGGCAAAUGAAAAACAACUUAUGAGCAUUACAUUUUGAGGUAAAUUGUUUUCUAACAUAGGAAUUAUGACUCGCACAAUGAAUUGAAAACCAUUUUCACCAUCUGUUAAGUCUUACGGUUAUAAACGAAACUCAAGUUGGCAAAAGACAGUGAAUAGUGAAGCCAACGCGUGUUCCGCGUAAUGCCAUGUUUUUGCGCUAACUUCACAGUUCGGCUCCGACUCAAUGUUUUCAAAGAUACUUUAUUCUACCUCUGUUUAGUCCUAAACCAUUUUUAACACAUGUGUAACAGUUUUGGAAAGUCUCAAUCUGAUGUGAUCAUUGUGCACCGAGAUAUUCUUAAAAGAUUUGAGCAAAUCCGUGAAUUUUCCAUAUGCGCGUGGCAAGCGUGCUACUGAUCAAUCUACUCCUUAAAUUAAGUUGCGCGCAGAACAGCGAUGUGAACGGUAGAAGUGAUGUUAUUAUUAACAAGGUUUUUUCUUUUUUUAAAUGACGGUAAAAAGGUUAAAUUAACCAGUUAGGCCGAAAAGUAAUCUUUCAUUUACAAAGACGAAGGUUGAUGCUUAGCAUUUGUUUCAUUUUGUGCCAUUUAUCAGGCCUUUUCAGUGUUGACGGAGGCAAAGAAAGAAGACGAGAGAAAACGAGCAACCUUGCUCAAUUUCUACAAACACACGGAUAUUUGCUUGCAAAGUAUGGAUGAAAAAGUUCAUGCCCUUUUGGAGCAGAACAUCGGGAACCUCAAGGAAAAAAUCGCUUCCCACAAACAAAAUCUGCUGAAGAAAGAGUACAUUGUUCUUGUUGCAGGUUUGUUAUAAGUAAACAAUUUGACCGCCAUUGCUUUGAAAUUUCCUCACCCAAUAGACUUAAUCCUUUAACUCCCAAGAUCUCAUUAGUAAUUCUCCUUACUGUCUGCCAUACAGUUCUUGUGAUGUUAGUUUGGAGAAUUUGUAUUGAAUCAACUUAUAAUCCUCUACAUGACAUGUUACUUUAUUCUCAUCCUUCGUCUGCUUGAUAUCCUAUUGAUGUUGUAAGGAGAAAUUCUGUCUUGGUCACUCAUGAAAGUUAAAGGGUUAAAUUCAAGCCUGGAAAAGGAAAGAAGGCCUUCAUCCAGUUAUCAUACCAAUCCUACCCUAGCUAAUUAAUAGGCUAAUGAUCGAGCCAUGAAGUACGAUAAAACCAUAUUUCUGAGGGCAAAUCACCCUCGGUAUGUUUUAUCCUCCCUUAAUAAUGCUUUCGUUGAAUAUACUCCCUUAAGCCAUAUUAACAGUGAGAACUUUAUCGCUAACAUCUUCUAGUCAAACUCGACUGUCGUACGAUUACUUUUUGAAUUCUACAGAAAUCGUGAAUCUCACAUCAUUUAAAUUUUAUAACUUUUAUUGAUGGACUAAAGAUCACUCAUUCAUUUAUUCACCAUUUUUCAAUUAUCCAGUUUCAAACCAGGUUGCAACUGAACUUGGCCAGCCUGGUUAAUAAUAAAUACAAUACACUUCUUAUGAAUAAAUGAAUGGAAAAAGUGGGAAUCUGCUGGUUCAGACCAACUAUGAACAUGUAUUGAUAGUCCCUCUAACGAAGUUCUGUCUUUUGAGCGUGGCACAUAAUAUGGCCAACCUCGAACUCAGUGAUCUCCAGGUGAAACCUAUAUAAUGGCGGACAGCAGAAGGAAUAGUUUUUUUAUGAAAACGAAUAAGAAGAAGAAGGGAAACGCUGAUUUGUAAGGGAUUUCUGGAGGAAAGGACCGGGGAAGCAGAUUCUCUUGUUCGACGUAACUUAAGUAGAAUCGACCCAUUCUUACCGAUGUUUUUUUCGUUCUUCCCUCCCUAUUUUCACCUGUUUAUACUUACCAGGCGAGACAAGUUCAGGAAAGAGCACUUUGCUAAAUCUUAUCCUUGGAGAGCAGCUUCUUCCUUACUCCGUUCUGAGUACCACAUCCACCAUCUGUGAACUAAGAUAUGGAGAUACACCAAAGCUGGUGGUGCACUUUAAAGACAAAGGAUCAGGGGAUACCUCAAGGACUGUCCUCUUAGAAAAGCCAACCGAAGCCUCCGAGCAGAGUUACCUCAAACAGAUUUCCCAAUUCGUCCACCGAAAGACGAACAGAGAAAAGGGCUCAGAUUACGAAAAGAUUGAGUUGUUUUGGCCACACGAUCUGUUGAAGGUUAGACAUGAGCAAGUUCAGUAAUUAUUCGACGUAGUUCGCUUAUUUUUUCUUUGGGUUCUCAUUGUAUUGUGUGAUGUUUUCCUUUGUUCUGGUUGACUGUUGUGAUUACUUUGGGCUUGGUCUGAUGACAAACAAUCGAAACGCACUCUAGAGAGCGAUCCUCAAGGACAAAGUUUUGCUUCAGUGACUGUGAAUAUAUGAAAAUCAUGUAUGCGAUCUGCGGAUUAAGAAAUGAAAAUGAAAUGAAAAUAAAAGCAAAGAUCGCUUUUAUAUUCAAUAUCUUGCCUGUUACAUCUCAUAUUUUGCGUAUCUUUUAGGAAAAUAUCGUGAUAGUCGACAGUCCAGGAAUUGGCGAAUCUACCAUCAUGGAUGACAUAGUAAAGGAGUACCUUCCAGAGGCUUUCGCAUUUAUUUACGUCAUCAACAGCGAGAACGCCGGAGGAAUACAGCCAGAUAGGGUAAGGCACUUUAAAGCGCGAAAUGCAUUCUCAUUGCAAAAAUAAUUAAAGGAAAAAUGUGCUACAAAAAUCGUAUUAUUUUUCGAAAUCUCUAUUUUAAAGAUGAGUUAGAGUAACGUAACUGUUCAAAACUUUUCGUCAAAUGUGUUAGAAGAAGGCGAAUAAGAAAGCGAUAAGAGUGAUAACGUAAGACAUAACGUUACAAAAAAGCGACUACUGAACUAACCAAAAAAAAAGUCGGCAAAUAGCUAAUUCUGUCUCUUUGUCUUCAGUUAGGAAAACUUAUCGAACACGCAAGAAGGGUAUCUCUUGACAAACAAAGGGAGUCUUCCUCAAACUGUGCUCUAUUCGUCUGCAACAAGUGGGACCAUAUGCCGUCAGAGGAAACUGAGGACGUGAAAAACCAUAUCGUGACAAAACUCACAGAGUGCUGGCCUUUUUUAGAUCCAGAAUCUCAGAUCAUUUAUAUGUCAGCAAAAGAAGCCAUCGAAGCUCAGAAUCUUGGAGUGGUCACGAAAGAGUUUGCUGAACUAAUGAAUGGUAUCAAGUCCAUGGUUUUGAAAAGUAUUGAAGCAAGACUUCAGAUUCAGUGGAGGUAAAUUGUCUUGAAUCUUUAGCGACGAAUGAUUAUUCAAGAAGUUGCAUCUGUUGAAAAUGUAUUUUUAGUUCUGAUAAUAGGAAUGAAAAAUAUCUCCAUUCUGAUUGGCUGCGUGAAAUGCAUUUAUCAGGAAACAAAAAGCAUAAGCCGAAGGUAAUCCAGUGCACAAAAUGUUAACUCAGUGCGAAAAAACCCAAGAAACUCUUCAGCCUGGCUUUGCAUGAGUGGAUAUAGUGACAAAGUAUAAAAGACAAUUGAAAAAAAUGUCCUUGAUUCUUAGGUGGCUUGACUAUCUUCUUGCACGUAUGGCCCUUCACACGAAAGCGUUCAUUCGUAAUUCGUCCGAAGAUCGUAAAAAUGUGAUAGAUAGAAUGAAGUUUAUCACUGACCGCCUUCAAAGUAUUGAGAGAGAGCAAGGUAAAGAAAAAAGAAAACAGCUGCAGUUGCACCUCAAAAGAUGACAGACAAAGCUGUUAAUGCACUGUCCAGAUACCUUAAGUCCUCCAGAAGUUAUGCAGCAGUUUUGUUCGUGGACAUUGGAUGAAGUUCCUAAGACUUAUGAAAGCUGGGAAACGACUCAGAAUUACAUCCAAAAGGCGCUGACGAGGCGACUUCGAGAAAAGAUAAAGGAAUGGGAAGAAAAGAAUCAUGUCUUUUCCAAUACUCGCGCCUCUUUGAUUCAAUACUUUCAGGAGACGUUCCGCUACGUCGAGGGUCAACUUCGAAUACUGGAGGGCUCUCUCCUAGCUGGAGGUGUUACCCACUCAGCAAGUGGCUCGCUGGCAUCAAAUGACUUAAACCUCGCCCAAAAAGUCAUGAUCGGGGUCACAAGUCCAAUUUGGUUACCAAUUUGUCUGGUUGUCCUAGUGGUCGGUGUCCCGGUACUUGGUGCCUUAGCAUUUAAAUGGGAGUUGCAAAACUGGAAUAAAACAAGACAAUACAACAACGACAAGUGUACCUUUAUGUCGAAAGCUUCCCAAAAAUUUCUGAAUAAAGUAGCUGAAGAACAGCAUCUGACGUUGUUUGUGACGGAGCAGCUUAGAGAAGCUCAGGUUUUUUUAAAGCAGGUUUUAGAUCGGAUCCCUCAGCUCAUAGAAGAGGACAAAAUGUUGUGUCAACAAUUGAGUAAUGAGAACCGUUCUAAGAAAGAAGUAGAAGAUUUCUACACACCGUUACUCGAGAAGAGUGUACAAAUAAGGGAUGAGAUGGCCCUAUUUGGCAUCAAAGAAGUUCGCACCAUGGACAUCAGUUGCGACGAUCUGGAGUGGCAAGACGAUGCACCUCUUGGAAGGGGAGCGUUCGCUAGUGUUUAUCGAGGAAAACUGAGGAUACGAGGAGAGGAUAAACCCGUAGAUGUUGCUGUGAAAGUGUGGAACGACGAGCUCCACGAAGUUAACGCUUGUGGCUUCAUUUCGGAAACAGAGAUACUCAGGUUGGUUUAUCAUUUUAGGAAUCGUGAAAUGUUGUAUUAUUUUAUGAAAAAAAAGCCCAUUAGUUAAAAAACCUUGGGAAAGCACUAAAUAUAUUCUGGACGGUAGCUGAUGAGAUAUUUUCUUAGUCAUAAAACUCUUUUCUGUUCAAGGAGCUCAUCGUAAUAAGAAGAUUUAUUUUUUAAUCACAGGAUAUUUUUCCGACGCUUUCAGAACACACAGAUCUAGGUAUAUUUUAAGGCACAUCGGGAUAUUAAUUAGGAAAAAACCUAUACAGGGAGACAUAUCACCAUUCAUUUUCUCAACAAUUCAUCACUAUAAGAGCUCUUAAGUUGGACUAGCGUUUAAUUGCUCCUUACAUUAUCGCGCUGAAUCAAGCAUAAAGGUCAUGAGAAUAAGGGAAAUGGUUGCCAACAGAAGAAGCUCUUGACUGAUCAAAAUUUUUCUGUUAGUAUCAGAAAAUGUUUGGAUGGAAGUAUAGAUAAUAAACAUACUGACUUAUAAGUGUAGAUUGUUUACGUUACGUUUUCUUUUUGUAGGAAGCUUAAUUAUCCCUUUAUUGUAAAGUUCUAUGGUGCAGCACUGCGCAAGGAAGGGGAGCAGCUGAAAGCAAUACUGGUGAUGGAGCUCUGUAAGGAAAACUUGAUGAGGCACAUUUUCCGGCAUGAAAGAAAUAUACCUGGUAGGUCAUCAACUGCUACAGCUGCGAGAGAUGUGAUCGGAUGGGCAAAAGACAUCGCCAAUGCUUUGAAAUACAUUCACAGACAAGGUAUCGUUCACAGAGAUCUCAAGCUGGAAAAUAUAUUGGUGAGUUCAAAAAUUGGGAGUACUGGUUAUCGUGACUAUUUUUAAUUAUAAUCAUCUUCGUCCUUCGAGACUCUCUCGCACUUCAUCGAAUUCCAAUUCGCUCGCUUUCACCCGGUUUGCCUGCUUUCUACGUGGGAUACCUGUGGCAGACCACUUUAUAAAUUCGCUUGAGUGUCGUUGUGGUCAGAUAUGGAAAUUAGCCGCGUGUUUGUGCUUCUCAAUGAAACUAGUUGAGGUUGGAUGGGCGACCGCACAUGAUAUCCUGUGUUGUCUUUAGUUUUCGAUUUAAUUCCUGCACUUUGAAGGUUCAACAUUAACUUCAUUAUUUUCCAUGUAAAACCAGUGUGACUGUAGAAAACGACUAACGCAUCCCAAGUUAACACUUCCAGGCGUCUCGUUUUCACUAUGUCUUGCCUUCUUUUAAGAGGUCUCGUCUGUUUUGGGUUCCACCCAUAUUGUAAUUCCUCGGUUUCUACAGGAUAUUUUUUUAAAUGGAAAUCACAAGCGGUCACAACACUAAACGUUUUAUCGGAAACUAACAUGAACAAAACUGGCUCAACUUAGAGAGGUUAAAACUUUGAAUUAAAACUGCUUAUAAUGCGUUUCAAAGAUACUUUAAAAUGGUGGUAGAUUUAAAAAAUUUUUAGUAACAGAGCCUGAUUCAUCUCUAUUCGGCCUUUCCUGACGACCACCCCUUUCUUAUAUGACUUAAUUUUUUAACAGUCGAAAUUUUUUGACUUUGGUAUUAAAAAUGUAUUUUUUCCAUCGAAUUUAUCUAAUUUUCCCACAGCUGUCGCAAGAAAAUAUUGCCAAACUAGCCGAUGUCGGUGUUUCUAAAGAAGCCAAAGCGAUCAUGGGUACCAUGACGGGAACUCCUUUGUAUCUCGCUCCUGAAGUGAUCAAGUCCCAUUUGUACGAUUACAAAGCAGACAUCUACAGCUUCGGCAUAAUGCUCUGGGAGAUGUGGUAUGGUAGCAGACCUCUUCUUGAUGUGGAAGGAAAUGUGCAUGAGUAUUUUGAAAAAGUGGUUGAGGGUGUAAGACCUACGCAUGUCGAAGGCUCAAAGGAGCCUCCAGCUGGUUUGCGUGAUCUGAUGCAGCGUUGCUGGGACGAAAAUCCUGAUAAUCGACCAGAUGCGAGCGAGUGUUAUAAGAAGUUGUUUCAGCUCUAUCAGGAAUCUGCCGCACCAUCGUCGUAAACACUGGUUAUUAGGCAACCACCUUGAACGUGUUUACUUUUCAAGUGUAAACUGUUUUGGAGCAACAGUGAUUUAGAGUGUUUUACGAUAUCCCUUAUGACUGUUGUAGCAAAUAGAUUGACCUAACCCGCGCCAAUUUUUCUCGUUUCAAACUUAGUUCGUACAUUAUAGAAACCUCUUUUAGUCUUAGUCAGUGCUGAUACUAAGGACUUCUAUCGAGACCAGUGUCAUUUUGGAUGAUUCCGAGAGGCCUAAUUAAGCGCACAGGUGUAGUUGGCUCCUCUGUUGCUUUGUUUGUCAGAGGAUCUUUUGUUACGGUACAGGGUUGUUAGCCCGUUGCUUCGUCAGGCAUGAAAGUUAAAGCAAGAAGUGUAUGAUAUAUAUCGAUUCUUACGCAGUUGACAGAAUGUAGGACUGGUGCAUAGUCGGUCUUUAAAUCUUUGCAGGAUCUCUAUCCUUAUGUUCUGGUAUUCUUUAGACCCUGCAAGCGUAAAAGAAACUCGAGAAAGUCUUAAUCAAGAAAGAAAAAGAGAGGGUGGGCGACCGUACUCUCAUGUUAAAAAGGCAUAGUCCAGUCAUAUUCUCAUAGUAUCGUAAAGUAUACAAACAUAUAAUAGUUUCAAUGAUUUAAUAGAUUUCCUUUAAUAUGAGCUGGUUAUCAUGUGUUUUAAUCUCCUUCCAAUUUACUUUUUUUGGGGCUUUUGUCAAAUAGUUGACGUGUUACUAUUUUGAACGAAGAAAAACAAGAAUAUUCUAAAGGCAAAUAUUGUUCUUUCAGCUUGUAAAGAAGGUUUUUGCCGAAUUUUAAAGUUUGUUUCACCAUCUGGUAUAAGACACUUGUGAUCGUUUACUCUUAGAAGAUUUCGUAAAGAGCAUUCUGUUUUUUAAGAAUUUAGAUUAAAUAUAAUGCAAGAAGGUCAGAUAUCAGAGAUGGAGUUGUUAGCAUAAAAAGGGUCAAAUGACGUGAACAGAAGUUCCCUUAGAAGGAAUUUUAGUACUGAGCAGCGUACGUUUUCAUUAAGGAAUUGUGUGAUUAAACUUGGGAAGAAGAAACAAAUUCCCAUCAUUAC